AUGAGUCCUGGCUCGAGUAGUGGAGAAGAUGGUUGGAAUGUUGACACUGGGAAGAGGGAAGCGAGCAAAAGCAGCUGGUAUCUGCUGUUUUUGACCAUUUCUUUUGCAGGCCUACAAAUCGCAUGGUCUGUCGAACUAUCCAACGGCUCGCCAUAUCUCCUCAGUCUAGGAAUCAGCAAAAGUCUAUUGGCCUUGGUCUGGAUCGCUGGACCUCUUUCUGGAGCCUUGGUUCAACCUUAUGUUGGCGCGAAAUCCGACAGAUGCCGCUCACGCUUCGGAAAGCGGCGCCCAUUCAUGAUCGGAGGAGCUGCCGCUACCAUCGUCUCUCUCAUGAUCCUGGCGUGGACGCGCGAGCUUGUCGCUGGCUUUCUCUCGAUCUUCGGUGUCCCCAGGGAUAGUGUGGGCACCAAGAACACCGCGAUCAUCGUCGCAAUCAUUAUGGUAUACGUACUGGACUUCAGUAUCAACGUCAUCCAAGCCGGCAUGAGAGCUUUCGUCGUCGACAAUGCUCCGAGCCACCAGCAGGAUUCGGCAAACGCCUGGGCUAGUCGGGUCUCGGCAAUGGCCAACAUCAUCGGGUACCUCUUUGGAUAUGCGAACCUUCCAAAAUACUUGUGGUUCUUUGGAUAUACGCAAUUUCAGGUUCUAUGCGCCAUCGCCUCUAUUACCUUGGGAACCACACUCACGAUCACAUGCAUUUCAAUCUCCGAACGUGAUCCACGACUGGAAGGCACUCCUAGCCACCAAGAUUCUGGUGUGUUCGCGUUCUUCAAAUCUCUUUACCGCUCGAUCCAUCGUCUACCAAGGCAGAUCAAAGCAAUCUGCGUGGUACAAUUUGCGGCAUGGAUCGGCUGGUUCCCUUUCCUGUUCUACAUCACGACUUACGUCGGCGAAAUCUACACCGAUCCUAUCUUCCGUGCCAAUCCCAAUAUGACGGAGAAGGAGAUUGAUCGAGUCUGGGAACAAGGUACUCGAGUCGGCACAUUCGCGCUGCUCAUUUUUGCCAUCGUCACAUUUGUCUCGAGUGUUACUUUACCGUGGUUCAUGACUAGCGAAUCUACCUCGACUCCGCCUCUCCGGACACCCAUGACGCCGACCUCGGCUAGCACGCCUGGUGGAAGCUAUUUCCUCGGACCUCAGGCUCAUCCUGCACGCCGCUUCUGGCCAUCUAUCCGCGAAAACGCCCUGCAGAUUCCUGGGCUCACUCUCAAACGUGCCUGGCUCAUCUCUCACUUCGUCUACGCCGGACUCCUCGCUAUGACGUUCUUCGCGCAUACGACGUUCACAGCAACACUCCUCGUGGGUGCCGUUGGCCUACCCUGGGCUAUGACCAUGUGGGCUCCCUUUGCUCUCAUUGCUGCUGAAGUCUCUCGACGCGAGAACCUGCGACGUAAUGGCGACAGCAGGCGCCCAUCCUCUUCUCACCGCGAUGCUGAUGGCGAUGAGGAAGAGGAGCAGCAAGCGGGCACAGUGCUCGGUAUUCACAACGUCGCAGUUGCUGCACCGCAAGUCAUUGCGACUCUGGUGAGCAGUCUAAUCUUCAAGGCUUUGCAGAAGCCGCGAGGAACUGCAGGAGAUGACAGCGUGGCGUGGGUCUUACGGUUUGGUGGAUUGGCAGCGAUACUAGCGGGAUGGUUGACCCGAUGGGUGAGGGAGGAGAGAGAUGCGGGGUUGAAGGAAGUCAAAGCGAAGUUUUGACGAGACGCGGAGGAGGAAGCGUACGAGAACACGAAGAUGGAGACGAUUUGACGACUAGAAGAAUAGAAGAGCUGAGUCGAGGUGAUCUCGCUGGCGCUGAUGACACUUGCUGCUUGAAGAAGGACUUUGACCUCAAUUCUCGACGCCAAUUUUCUCCUUGCCGGCAAUAGCAUGUAUUCAGGCAGCCUGCUGUCGGGCAGCCAGGUCUUCCCGCAUCCACUGCAAACUUCCC